AUGGGAAGAAUCAAGAAGAAGGGAACUGCUGGUCAAGCCAAGAACUUCAUUACUAGAACUCAGGCGGUCAGAAAGUUACAAAUAUCUCUCCCGGAUUUUCGUAAGUUAUGUAUUUGGAAAGGUAUUUACCCUCGGGAACCAAGAAAUAAAAAGAAGGCAUCAAAAUCCUCGACCCAUUCUACCACCUUUUACUACACAAAAGAUAUCCAAUGGCUGUUGCACGAAAAGAUUGUCGAUGCUUUUCGCGAGCAGAAAGCUUUAGAGAAGAAGAUCUCAAAAGCUUUAGGACGAGGAGAUGCCCACGACGCUGCAAGACUUGAGCGUAAUGCAUCAAGACCGGAGAAGACUGGAAAGACUAAAUAUAAUUUGGAUCAUAUUAUUCGAGAAAGAUACCCUACAUUCAUCGAUGCGCUACGAGAUCUUGAUGACUGCCUAUCGAUGCUCUUUUUAUUUGCAAACUUGCCUUCGACCUCGACCGUUCCUGCAAAGAUGAUUGCAAGAUGCGAGAAGUUAUGCUUGGAAUUCGAGCACUAUUUAAUUGUCUCAAACAGCUUGCGCAAGUCGUUCUUGUCUAUUAAAGGAAUCUACUACCAGGCGACGAUACAAGGACAAGAUAUCCUGUGGCUAGUACCUUACAGAUUCAACCAACGGGUCACUGGAGAUGUGGACUUCCGAAUCAUGGGUACCUUCGUCGAGUUCUAUCAAACUUUGCUAGGUUUCGUUAACUUCCGUCUCUACACUUCCGUUGGAUUGGUAUAUCCACCAAAAUUUGACAAGGCUAGAGAUGAUCAAGAUGCAGGUCUAGGAGCAUUCUCAUUAGAGGGAAAUGGCAUUGGUGCUAUUGAGCAACCAAAGCAGAUUACCAAUGGCGAUGCCUCAAAGCCUGAUCCUAAACUCCAAGCAGAGAUUGACAAAUUAAUGCUUCAACUCAAUGCUCCAGAGAAGGAGGCCGAGGAGACAAGCAAGACUUCGCCUGAUGGCGAAGAGGAGGAACAGGCAACUGAGACCAUUGAUAAAUUCGAGCCAGCCGCACCAGGUGGUGAUAUUCUUAUGCAGCCUUCCUAUUCUGCUACAGAUCCAUCGACUUUGUUUUCAAAGUUUACUUUCUUCUUGUCAAGAGAGACCCCUCGCCAAUCUCUCGAGUUCAUUCUUCGGGCUUUUGGCUGCAAGCGUAUUGGUUGGGACGCAGUUCUUGGAGAGGGUGCCUUCACUCAUAAUGAGUCGGACCCGUCAAUUACCCAUCAAGUAGUUGAUCGCCCACCUAUGCAAGUUCAACCCGAGGAAGAAGAGGAAAUAAAGGAAGACAAUCAAACAGCACAGCGUUUGAGACCUGGGGCUCGCAUUCCUGGUCGUAUUUACAUUCAACCUCAAUGGAUCUGGGACUGUAUCAACGAUGAAGAGCUCAAGAGACCAGACCUUUAUGCACCAGGUGCACAAUUGCCUCCACAUUUGAGUCCAUUUGUUAAGAAAGUACGUGGUCAGUACGAUCCGUCUGCUCCUCUUCAGGAUCAAGAAAGAGAGGAUGAGGAGCUUGAAAUGGACAGUGGUAGCGAGGAUGAGGCAGAUGUUUCAGACGAUGAGACGGCCGUUAAAAAACAAGAUCCUCUUACAGCUAUGGAUGUAGAUGAGACCGCCGAGGGUAUGGACGUUGCUGGAUCCGAUGAUGAAUCUGAUGAGGCCCCAGAAAAAGCCGAUGAGUCUUUCGGUGGGUUUUCCGAAGCGGAAGAGAGUGAGGAUGAAGGAGAAACUGCCGCUCUUCGACGUCAACGAGAGCUUGAGGCUGAGUUGUCCGGCGUGGCCUUACAAGAAAAGGAAGUUGACCCAAGGGUCAAAGCCAAGACGGAUGCUAAGAAGAAAGCAGCUAAGAAGGCUAAAGAAGAAGACGAGGAGUUGGAGAGAUCUAAGAUGAUGAUGAGCAGAAAGAAGAGGAAGAUUUUAGAGAAGAUGGUUUAUAGUAAUAAGAAGAAGGAUGCCGAGGCGGAGGCAUUAAGAGCCAAGAGGAGAAAGAUUGAGAAAUCUGGGAAAGCUGCUCCAAGAGAGUAA